CCUCCUUCAUUCUGGAACCUUUGCUUUCUUAAGAGUGAGAGGAUUAUUUUUCUCCGUGGCUGUCCACUUUCUACAGAGAACACAUCCAUGAAAUAGUACCAGAAGACCCAAAAGCCAUCGAAAUCAUAAAACUUUGGAAUGGGCAGGCACGGAAUGGUUCUUCUUGAAGACUCUGGAUCUCCUGGUAAAUGUGUCUCAGGUUAUAAAAGAAUUUUUCAUAUAGGUUUCUUCAUCCUAGCUGUGACCUCACUUGUCAAUGUCUCGGCUGUCACUAAUUCUCCCGGAGGAAUGAAAAAGGAACUAAGACUGACUGGUGGUGAAAACAACUGUAGUGGGAGAGUGGAACUUAAGAUCCAUGAGAAAUGGGGGACAGUGUGCAGUAACGGCUGGAGCACGAAUGAGGUUUCUGUGGUUUGCCAGCAGCUAGGAUGCCCGACUUCUAUUAAAGCCCUUGGAUGGGCUAACUCCAGUGCAGGCUCUGGGGACAUCUGGAUGGAUAAGGUUUCUUGUACAGGAAAUGAGUCGUUUCUCUGGGACUGCAAACAUGAGGGGUGGGGAAAGCAUAACUGUACCCACCAACAAGAUGUUGGAGUGACCUGCUCAGAUGGAUCCAAUGUGGAGAUGAGACUGGUGAAUGGAGCCAACCGGUGUUUAGGAAGAGUAGAAGUGAAGUUCCAGGGAAAGUGGGGAACAGUGUGCGAUGACAACUUCAGCAAAGAUCAUGCUUCUGUGGUUUGUAAACAGCUUGGAUGUGGAAGUGCCAUUAGUUUCUCUGGCUCAGCUAAAUUUGAAGCUGGUUCUGGACCAAUCUGGCUUGACGACCUGGCCUGCAGUGGGAAUGAAUCAGCUCUCUGGGACUGCAAACACCGAGGAUGGGGAAAGCAUAACUGUGACCAUAGUGAGGAUGUCGCAGUGAUUUGCUUAGAGGGAGCAGAUCUGAGCCUGAGACUGACAGAUGGAAUGUCCAGAUGUUCAGGAAGACUGGAAGUGAGAUUCCAAGGAGAAUGGGGGACUGUGUGUGAUGAUAGCUGGGAUGUCCAUGAUGCCUCUGUGGUGUGUAAGCAACUGGGGUGUCCAACUGCCAUCACUGCCACUGGUCGAGUUAAUGCCAGUGAGGGGUCUGGACCAAUUUGGCUUGACAAUAUUGCCUGCAAAGGACAUGAAGCAGCUCUUUGGGAAUGUAAACACCCAGAGUGGGGAAAGCAUUACUGUCAUCACAGAGAAGAUGCUGGGGUGACUUGUUCUGAUGGAUCAGAUCUGGAACUGAGACUUGUAGGUGGAGGCAGUCGCUGUGCUGGGACUGUGGAGGUGGAGAUUCAGAAGCUGGUAGGGAAGAUGUGUAGCCGAGGCUGGAAACUGACAGACGCGGACGUGGUUUGUAGACAGCUUGGAUGUGGGUCUGCACUUCAAACACAGGCUAAGACCUACUCCAAAACCAAGGAGGCGACAAAUACAUGGCUCUUCCCUGGCACUUGUAUGGGGAAUGAAACUUCUCUUUGGCAAUGCAGAAACUGGCAGUGGGGCGGCCUUUCCUGUGAUCACUAUGAAGAAGCCCAAGUUACCUGCUCAGGUCACAGAGAACCCAGACUGGUUGGAUCAGAAAUUCCAUGCUCUGGUCGCGUGGAAGUGAAACACGGCGACACGUGGGGCUCCAUCUGUGAUUUUGACUUGUCUCUGGAAGCUGCCAGCGUGGUGUGCAGGGAAAAAGAAUGUGGAACAGUCAUCUCUAUACUAGGGGGAGCACAUUUUGGAGAAGGAAGUGGACAGAUCUGGGCUGAAGAAUUCCAGUGUACUGGGGAUGAAUCCCAUCUUUCGCUGUGCUCUCUGGCGCCCCCUCUGGAAGGAACUUGUACCCACAGCAGGGAUGUCAGCAUAGUCUGCUCAAGAUACACGGAAAUCCGCCUGGCAGAUGGCAAGUCCUCCUGUGAGGGAAGAGUAGAGAUCAAUGUGCUUGGAGCCUGGGGGUCCCUCUGCAAUUCUCACUGGGACAUCGAGGAUGCCCAUGUCUUAUGUCAGCAGCUUGGCUGUGGAGUUGCUCGUUCUACUCCAGGAGGAGCACAUUUUGGGAAAGGAGCUGGUCAGGUCUGGAGGCACAUGUUUCACUGCACUGGGACUGAACAGCAUAUAGGAGACUGCCUCGUGACUGCUCUGGGUGCGCCGACGUGUUCCGAGGGGCAAGUGGCGUCUGUAAUAUGCUCAGGAAAUAAAUCCCAGAUACUGUUGCCAUGUACGUCAUCAUCUUCGGUCCAAACAACGAGCUCUACCAUUCCGAAGGAAAGUGACGUUCCCUGCAUAGCGAGUGGUCAGCUUCGUUUGGUAGGUGGAGGUGGUCGCUGUGCUGGGAGAGUAGAGGUCUAUCACGAGGGCUCCUGGGGCACCAUCUGUGAUGACAGCUGGGAUCUGAUUGAUGCCAACAUCGUGUGCAAGCAGCUGGACUGUGGCGUGGCUAUUAAUGCCACUGGUUCUGCUCACUUUGGAGAAGGAACAGGGAGUAUCUGGCUGGACGAGAUCAACUGCCAAGGGCAAGAAUCUCAUAUUUGGCAGUGCCACUCACACGGCUGGGGGCGCCAUAACUGCAGGCACAAGGAGGAUGCAGGCGUUAUCUGCUCAGAGUUCAUGUCUCUGAGGCUAACCAAUGAAGCCCAGGGAGAGACCUGUACAGGUCUCCUGGAAGUGUUCUACAAUGGUACAUGGGGCACUAUUGGCAGCAGCAAUAUGUCUCCAACCACUGUGGGGGUGGUGUGCCGUCAGCUGGGCUGUGCAGACAAUGGAACCGUGAAACCUACACCUUCAGGCAAGACAGCAUCCAGGCCCAUGUGGAUAGAUAAUGUGCAGUGCCCAAAAGGAGUUAACACUUUGUGGCAGUGCCCCUCAUCACCAUGGGAGCAGAGAGAGACCAGCAAUUCCAAGGAGGCUUGGAUCGUCUGUGACAACAAAAUAAGACUGAAGGAAGGACACACAGACUGUUCUGGACGUGUGGAGGUGUGGCACAAAGGCUCCUGGGGAACCGUGUGUGAUGACUCCUGGGAUCUUAAGGAUGCUCAGGUUGUAUGUAAGCAGUUGGGCUGUGGUCAAGCUGUGAAGGCGCUAAAGGAAGCAGAAUUUGGUCCAGGAACCGGGCCCAUAUGGCUCAAUGAAGUGAAGUGCAGAGGGAAUGAAUCUUCCCUGUGGGAUUGUCCUGCCAGACCAUGGACUCACAGCGACUGUGGGCACAAGGAAGACGCUUCCGUGCAGUGCCUCCCAAGUGAGUGUCAACAACCUGGACUGAGCUGGACUCUUUGGUAGCAACGACAAGCCAGGUUUGUUGCACUCUUGAUCAUGGGGGUCAUUAUAUUGGGCCUUCUCGUCACAUCCCUCUUGUGGACUCUGAAGCGAAGACAGAUUCAGCGCUUUGCAGUUUCCUCAAGAGGAGAGAUUUUGAUACAUCGAGUUCAGUACCAGGAGAUGGAUUCAAAGGCGAAUGAUCUGGACCUGCUAAAGUCCUCAGAAAAUUCCAAUGAUUCAUUUGGCUUUAAUGCUGAUGGACUAAUGUCUCUGUCUAAAUAUCUUCCUAUUUCUGGAAUCAAAAAGGGGGCCAUUCAGAGGCACACUGAAAAGGAAAAUGAUAAUUUAUAAUCCACGAAGACUGAUGUUUAAGAAAACGUGACAUGACAGCCAGCUAAAUGGAGCAAGAGCCCAGCCCGUGCA